GUUAUGUCAUGGAUUUGUGAGGUGGGUGGGUGAGAAAGAGAGCGAGACACUUGUGCACAGCUAGUCCACCUUGUUAUUCCUUACCAGCACCAGAAUGCAUUUCUGUUGAUCUGCUGAUGUGUGGCUUUGUCUCUGAAUGCACGUCACAUUUUGACCUGCUCCUCUUCUAGCAACUCUUCCACAGAGGACAGAGCAGUCAGCGUUCAUUCUGGAGGGAAAGGUCCCACUCGAGCCCAGCAGGGGGGAUGGUGGUGGCAUGGAGGCUAGAUCCCGCAGUCCUGCCUCUCAGGCAGAGAGCUCUGGACCCUGGCACAGUGAGAGUCUGCUGGCAGAGUCCUGGUCCAUGAUGGGCGACAUGGACCCCGAGGACACCAAGAGCCUCGACAGCAACAACGGGCCUGUUUUAGCUGGAGAUGAGAACAACUCCUCCAAUUCUGACAUGGUCCACCUGGAGCAGGAGGAGGCAGAUAUGCUUGAAGAAACAGAGGGGAGGAGAUGGAGAAAAGAGGACGAGGAGGACGAGGAGCUGCAGGCAAAUGUGUUAAGCAUGCUCGGUGUGGAAAGGGAGCUGGCGGGGCAGGAACUCAAAGCUCCGGAAGCAAAGGAGCUCCUGGUGUCUGCAGAGGAACCUCACAUGGAAAGAGAGCUCAGGCAAGUGGUUCCCCCGAUGGCCCUGCCUCUGCUGCCUAUUCUCAAACUGGAUCCUCCCUCCACAACAUCUACACCGGUCCCUUCAACCACAGCCUCUGAAAUAGAUGAGCACUAUUCCACUGAGGGUCUACAACCUCCAUCCAUCCUGUCACCAAAGGUUCCAGAGCUUCAAGGAGAGAGUCGUGAAGCAAAAUUCUCACAGAUCUCCCUUCAGGAUGAUGGACAACAUUCAGUUAAAGCAGAAGCACUGAAGAGGCUGGAACCACAGCCUGGUGCACCUAAGACCAAAUCUCUGAGCUCCUUUGAGCUGCUGUUUGGAGGCGCUGCUUUAGUGGCUGUUGUAGGAGUGGUAGCUUAUGGAGCUGUAGUCUACUGCAAAAAGUAGAAAACCACAUUUAAACCUGUAACUAUUCAGCUCAAAUAUAUUCCUGCAAAAAAAAAUUCCCAUUUACUUUCUGAAUUCUGCAUUUAAAUCAGAUUUUGUAAAAGAAUGUAAUGCUACCUCGGCUCAUAACAGAGCUUAUUGCCUUUUUUCUGUUUGAUGUCUGAAGAAACUAAUAAAUUGGAAAUAAGGUUGAGUAAAGUUUGAAAAAAUAUCAUUAUGUUUAAAAAGCAUUGUAUGUGACUCUUCUCUCAUCACUUCAUCAGCACCAGAGAGCAGCACAGAGAUAAAAAUUAAACAACAAAUUUCUCUGCAUGUAAUAGGCCACAUCUUGCAUUAUGUUCAAAAUGUUAUUUUCUUUCCUUGGAGAAAAAGGUCAUGAAUUUAACAUAAAUGUGUAGUAUGUGGUAAAUGUUAUAACGCAUGUAAUUCUCAAGGGUUUACAUACAGCCCUGUGGAAAACUAUUCAUACCCAUUAAACAUUUUUACAUUCUGUCAGGUUAUAACCACAA